AUGCUGACGACGCAGCACCAGCUUCUGGCCAGCUGCCUUCUAACAACGUCACAGUUUAGUGAUGUAGAAUCCUCCGAUCUGUCUAGUAGUGAUUCCGAGGGUCUGUUAGAUGAAAUAGUUAUAGCGUCGGCCCGCAUCGACGAUCCAUGCCAUUACGAUCCACUGAGCUCGCCGAUACAUUACUGUGACAAUAACGUCCACUCGGACGAUAACAGCAAUAGUAACAACAACACAAUCAUUCGUAUAGAUUCGAUCGAAGAAUCGCAAGGUUCCAGCAGCUCGGGCACGGUCGUGGUGGCGGGCGGUUCCGGCUCAUCGUCGGCAGGGCCAGCGUCGGCUGCGGCGGCAGUAGCGGCGGCGGCGGCGGCAGCAGCGGUGGGUCUGAACCCGUCGUCCGCCUACAAAAACUCCAAGUCGCGCCGCAUGGAGUACAGCCGGCGCGGCAUGAUACUCGGGCUCAGCAACCCCUCGCAAGACUCCGCGUUCGGUUCCAUGACGGACGGCGAGUCGUCCAGGGCGUCCAGCUUUAAGCUGAGCAGCUUCGCCUCGAUGAACUCGCCGAUCGACGAGGGCGUCGAGGAUCUGCUGGCGGAGCAGAGCGCUGCCGACAAUCUCGCCACGACGAUCGCCAACAUGAAGUACAUCGAUUCGACCGGAUCAUCGCCGUGCCACGAUUACCACUGCGCCGUGAGCAAUUCGCGCACCGAGCCAUCGAUCGCAUCGCGGGACAUCUCGCCCAGUCGAUCGCGGUUCCUCGAGCCGCCGAAGCUCAUGAUCAACAAUCACUCGGCGUCCACCACGAACUCGUCGCUCUGCUACACACUGUCGCCCCUGCGAAAGUGCGCAACCACGGAGGUGUUCUCGCAGAAGUAUCGCGUCUCUUCGUUCGAGGACAUGUCCUGUUCGUCAUCCCACAAAUCGAUCAAGAACACGGCCCGCAAAAUCUUCCGCUCGUUCGAGGAGGAGCGUCGGAUCGACUCGGCCUUCAUGCCGAUCGAUACCGGAGCCAGCACGUCGCGAACGGUGCGGCAGCAACAUCAACAGCCGGGUCUGCUCCAACCGCAACUAUCCCUGCCACCCAUGUCGAUCGCGGGACCAUCGUCCUCUUCGCCCUCCCCAAAACACCACCAUCCGUCGGGCUUCUCUCCAUCGCACCACUUUGGCUACCAGCAGCCCGCGGCCUCUCCCCAUCACCAGCUGUCGAAGAAGAACCACGCGUCCUACCAGAACCUGCACACGAUCGUUCCGACGGCUCGCGAACGGGGUCUACAGUGGCGCAGCAAUCUGAUCAAAUCGAACGAAUGUCUCUUCGAGACAUCGUUCAACUGUGUACCAACCCACCAUCCGUACUACCAGCAACCGCAGCAGCAGCAGCAACAGCACCCGUCACAUUCCUUCUCCUCGUUCCACGGCCACGGAUCACAGGAUCUGCCCACCGGAUCGGACUGUGGCAGUUCGAGCGAAAUGAGUGGCGAUCGCUUCACACUCACACCGGAACCGGGGCCCGGGACUGGCCCUGAGUCUCCCGCCUGCUCAGUGGUGGCCAGUUCUUCUACGAGUCGUCUACGGCCCAACCGAACCGAUCGGGCGCAGCUGUUUUCGUUGGCCCGCUUCAAACACAACGCCAUCCUGGACAGUGUGUCCAUCGAGGACAUCUCAUCGGAUGCAUCGCUGCGGCAAGGGACGGGCAGCCCCGUGGCCAGUCCAUGCCGCAGUGCCGCCAGUGUGUCCUCCUCGUCGGCCGGUGAACCGCCGCCAGAGUUUGAAGCGAAGCGCCUCUCGUCGGACGUAACGUGCACCUCGGACGCAUCCGACACGACCAGCGAAGAUACGGCCAGCAUCAGCACGACCGACACGUCCCUGCUCAAGUCACCAUUGCCGGCGCACCGUGACACGGUGGCAGCCCAGGACUUGCGCCACAAGCAUGCACCCCGUGACGUCCGCCAGUAUCUGGACGACGCCACGGUCGCCAGCGGCGGUGACUUCGGCAGUGGCAGCGAGGAGAAAACACCGCUCCUCGAGGGCAUGGAACUGUCGCCCAUCAUCUCGCCGACCGAGUCGGAGCAAAUGUUGUGAUAAUACCGUGGCACGCUCAACCGAACAUUCCCCUUUUCCGGCGACUUGCGCCGUUGUCCGUACCGCUUAGGCAGUGAAAUGCAAGCGGAGGUCCUACUCUGACUGGAAACAGGAACAUCACGCGAAACAGGUCCUUUUUUUACGCGAACGCAUUUUAGGCCCGUGAGCCGACGUGACCAUGUGUCACACGGACUCACGGUAAUCUUGAUGAACGUGGAUAGUCCACUGCGCCGUACAUAGUCAGUUUGUCUCUCGAGUUUUAACAACAACAGUCCAACGUCGUAGCAAACACUGACAAGUCCCUUGGCCCGUGCCGCUAAUCGGCCUGUGCGCCACGCAUAUACGAUAAUCAAUACGUAGCCGAAAUACACACAUCAAGAUAAUACAACUUUGCUGUAGGCCGCCCUAGUGGUAGACUUUUCGUCCUGAGGUAGACAAAUAGAACGUCGACGGUAGUGGUACCAUUACCAUCUGUUUCCAACCAGAACUCUCCGCGGCCCGAGUGGUCAAAUUUCUUCGCAAUCCGUAGCUCCACAAGGAUCUUUAGUAGUGUUCCAGGCUGCGUCCUUGCAGUUAGUUGUUCACCAUAAAAACACAGCCGACCGGAUUAAACAGGGAUUCGCUUUCGAUUCGCAGCAGUGUACCUGUGCGAGUGUGAGUUGUUAGAAAAAGGGAAUGGCGGUUGAAGGUACGCGAAACAACCGCUUCGACGCGAAAGUCAAAGUGUCAAUCAAGAAGUAAUCAGUAUUUAAACAAUAACUUAAAAUGAUAAAGGGUACACUAUCCGACCGAGAUUUUGACCCCAGCCACGGCAACCCCCUGUUUCCUGCGCUCGAUAUACUCGGAUCCCCGGUUCUUACAGUGUAAGUAGUGAAAUUUAAAGUACAUUAGAGAGCCGUCGGGAAGAUAGUCCGGCAAUCACGACGAUGUUGUUCCCGACCGAUAUGAACGAAAUGCGAAAACGCAGAAGUAAAAUUUUUCUAGAGAAAACCAAAACCAGUAUAUGAAAUCGUAUCGUAGGCAAUCCCGAAAGGCGUUGACCGCUAAGCCGGGGGGGGGCUCGAGCAACCGAUGACGAUCAAGCUGAAAUGUAUAUGAAUGAAUGAUAGCUUCCCACGAAUCAUCAACUGGACGGAUUACAUGUACCGAAAUAGGACCGAACCUUACUUUCAUGUUUUUCGGAACAGUACACACCUGGAAAUCGCCAUUGUGUCACCCGGAUCCCAUUUCCGAUACACCCUUGAAAUAGAAAGCGGAGUCUAGUAUCAUAAUUAACCAUUUUAAAAUAAAUGAAACGGCCAAAGUUGAAAACAGUUGAAUUAAUAACUCAUUUCACACAACUCUAACAACACCGCUACUGCGUGUAUAAAACAAUGGUACACUUUCUUUCACUGUCCACUCGAAUAAUAGGCAACCAAGGGUGCCCUAUAACUGCGUCACGAAUCGUUUCUCCUCUGUCUGCCAUACACUACCGAAUGGUGAAUUUCCCAUUUGUACAUUUUCGUUGGCUGAUUAAAAAGAUAUACAGCAGAAACAAGAAAGCCCGCCGGACCGCAAAGCAGGAAAGCGCGCCUCGAGGGCACGUCAGAACAUCAAACGAAAACAGUCGUUUGAACGUUAGAGACGGAAAGAUUGAUGAAACCUUUGAUAGAACAAUUUCUAAACCGUCCCCGAAUAUCAAAAUCAUUAGAUGUACAAAUAUGUAUCCGUUGGGUUGCGCGUUUCCGUGGUGCCACUGAUUUACCGCUGCGCCGAGAUCAGAAAGGCAGCAUGGAAGAGGCGUUUGUUAUCAUUUUAUCAAAGCUCAAGCAUUCGAGAAGAUAACGCAGAUAAACUUUCUUUACUUACAACGGCACCAAACCCAUAGGUAAGAACCAAUAUAGAAUGUAGACCUCCGUUUAGCCCCCCGUUAAGCUGUGUAGCUUAAGGUUCUGUUCGGAGAUAGCCCACUAAGAAUCCACGCGCAUACGGUGCGCAUGCAGUUUGUUGCCGCCAUCAUUGCAGACACAAUUCCUAAUACACACGCGUUCCUCUCGCUUAGGUCGGCCAACGUUUUUGUCGCGGAAAGAACAACCCAAUACAAUAACUUGAAUAUGAGGUACAAUUAUGAAGAAACAAUCACUGCUAACAACCACUAUCCGGAGAGCAGCAGAGGCAGAAAUAUAACAAAACAAAAAACACAGUAUAGUUCAUUAAAACUUCCGAGCUUGAUCGUUAUAGGAAA